AUGCUCGCGCUCGACAGCGGUCUGCUGCUCGAGGACACCCGCGCGCCGGUGUCCCUCACCGACCUCGCCUCGCUCUCGCCCGCACGACUCGCCGUCGCGUCCCUCCGCCUCGACGUCCACCCGCUCGUUCGUCAGCGCGCACACGUCGACUUCCUCGAGCGCAGGACGCGGUACAGAAGCAGCAGCAGGCGAGACUCGCAGGAAGAGCCUCUCUUCGACCUCCCCCUCACCUUCCUUGUGCCCGGCUCGCCCACCCUCCUGUCGAUCGCGCACUUGGUCCUUGUCCAGUUCAACCCGCACUGCCAGUCGCCGCAGGCGGCCCAGGCGGCGGCGGAGCUCUUCCUGCAGCGCGCCGCCGAGACGCAGGACGAGCGCGAGGGGUCGCAGGCGCCGAGUCGCUCGCAGACGCUGUCGAUCGAGUGCUGCCGGCUCGUCCGUCAGGGCAUGGGCAAGGAGGCGGUCGGCGGGCUCGCGCUCGAAGUGACGGAUGAGGCGCUCGUCGUCACGAGGGGCGGCCAGUUCCUGUUGCAGGUCCUCGCCGAGGACAUCACGGCGUUCAAGUACCUUCUCGCGAGCCCGGGUGCUCGAGCCGUCGCCGACUUCCACUGCACGCUCGAGGUCGCAGCCCUGCACGUCGGUCUCGACAAGGACAACACGGUGUCGGACUCGACGCUCGAGCUCGUGAUCGGCGAGUUUGGCAGCGGCGACGCCCGGUUCGAGCAGCUCGAGACGACCGUCGAGAAGUGGACCACGUCCCAGGGCUUCGCGAUCCAAGUCAUCCAGACGCAGCCCGCCGCCGAGAACCAGAUCCCGACCAAGCGCCCACGCUCGCCCCUUCUCACGCCGCCGGCAUCUCGCUCGCCCUCGGAAGCUGCGCAGCGGCAAGACGACUCGGCGGCACUCGUGCCAUCGGCUGCCAAGCGCCGGCGCUCGGACGGCGGCCCGAGCGAGAGCAAGUCCAGCCGUACUGCGCAGUCGACGGCGAUGCAGUCGGCGAGGGAGGGUCCGUGGCGGUAUGUCGGAGAGACGGCGGCAGAGCUCGAGUGGCACCCGGGAGCUUUCGUCCGCCAACUCGCGCUCCUCCAGGCGAUCGCGCCCAACGCAAACCUCUUCCUCCCGCCCGUCACCGCCGACGACCUCGCCCUCCUCUCGCGCCAGGUCGUCCGCCGACAGCUUCCGAAGCUGCCGCAUCGCGUGCCCGACUGCGCCCCGCACGUGAACCACAACGCCGUCUGGCGACUUGCGCUCGAGAACGCCUACCGCCUCGGCCCGAGGAUCGACCUGAUGACGAGCCGCCUCGUCCUCCUCACCGACGAGUACGUCGACCUGCGCGAGUACGCCAAGAUUGGGUCCAAGAUGGUCGACGCCCGCAACGCCAUCGGCGUCGCGUACCACCAGGUCCUCGACAAGGUGCUCCCGAUACGCCUCGCCCAGCAGAACGAGACGACGCGCGCCCAGGUCGAGAAGCUCAUCUCGCUCGUGCACAACAUGCGCACCGACCCGCUCUUCCGUCGGACCCACCUCCUCGACGAGCGCGGCGGCCUCAUCCGCACCGUUUGGCCCACCUUCUCGGAGGCCGACCUCGGUCCGAGCGUCUUUGCGCGGUUCGAGCGGGCACUCGCCGACAUCGUCGAGUACGAGGCGAGCGCCGGGGCGGUCGUCUGAGGCGAGCAGGGACCGGGGGAACAGGGGUGCGCGGCGGCAGCUUGAGAAGGACGAUGAGGAGGGCCGCUUGAGACGAGGCUGCAAUGCUUUCCAAUCA